CCGCAUUCGCGUCCCACUCAUCCUUGGCCUAUAGGCUACAGUGUCUCUCUUUCCUUCCAGUGCCCUUUCCCUUUCAGUCCUGUUUAUCGACCGAGGAAGUACACCUGCUCGCAACGAGUAGAUUAACUGUAUAUACCACCACCGGGCUGUGCGCAUAACGUGAUGUUGUGGUAGAAGGACUGUUAUUCAUGUUUGCAGCAAGGGUAAGAACGGUAUCGGGGAUGUAGAGGUAGAGACACCGCUCUCCCUAUCGGAUCGAACCGCCACUGCCCUGCCCAGUCUGCUGCAUCGCUAAGCGGCCUAAAAAGCACACGAUGUCGACAAGAACGCCGUUACCGACAGUGAAUGAACGUGAUACAGAGAAUCACUCAUCGGUGGAUGGAUUCACAGAGCCGCCUGCUCCUCCAGCCAAGUCGGCCAGCCGCCACAGCCUUGCGCGCUGCCGUAGCUCCCUCACCUCCACCGAGGAGCAGCCCCACAUUGGCAACUACCGCCUUCUCAAGACCAUCGGCAAGGGUAACUUCGCCAAGGUCAAGCUUGCUCGACAUAUCCUGACCGGACGAGAGGUGGCUGUGAAGAUCAUUGACAAAACCCAGCUAAACCCCACUAGUCUACAGAAGCUUUUCAGGGAAGUCCGGAUAAUGAAAAUACUAAAUCAUCCAAAUAUAGUUAAGUUAUUUGAAGUAAUUGAGACAGAGAGGACGCUGUAUUUGAUAAUGGAGUACGCAAGUGGAGGCGAGGUAUUUGAUUACCUAGUGGCUCAUGGGAGAAUGAAAGAGAAGGAGGCCAGGGCCAAGUUCAGACAGAUAGUGUCUGCUGUGCAGUACUGUCACCAGAGGAGGAUAGUACACAGGGAUCUGAAGGCAGAGAACCUGCUCCUGGACGCAGACAUGAACAUCAAGAUCGCAGACUUCGGCUUCAGUAACGAGUUUACGCUGGGCAGCAAGCUGGACACGUUCUGCGGCUCCCCUCCCUACGCCGCCCCGGAGCUCUUCCAGGGGAAGAAGUAUGACGGGCCCGAGGUGGACGUCUGGAGCCUGGGGGUCAUCCUCUACACCCUGGUCAGCGGAUCACUGCCCUUCGACGGACAGAACCUCAAGGAGCUGAGGGAGAGAGUUCUCAGAGGAAAAUACCGGAUCCCGUUCUACAUGUCUACCGACUGUGAGAACCUGCUGAAGAAGCUGCUCGUGCUCAACCCUGGCAAACGAGGAAGUUUGGAUCAAAUCAUGAAAGACCACUGGAUGAAUGUGGGCCACGAAGAGGAGGAACUGAAACCCUACCACGAGCCUGAGACCGACUUCAAUGACUCGGUCCGGAUAGAGCUGAUGGUGACGAUGGGUUUCCCAAAGGACGAAAUCACUGAGUCUCUUCUGGGCCAGAAGUAUGAUGAGGUCAUGGCCACCUACCUCCUGCUGGGGAGGAAAACUCCAGAGUUCGAGGGCAGCGAGUCCCAGUCCAACAGCAACUUGGGCCAGCGACAACGACCCACCAGCGAACUCAACACCAGCUCCAGCCAAUCACCUACCCACCUCAAGGUCACACGCAGCAUCUCAGCCAAUCAGAAGCAGCGGCGCUACAGUGAUCAUGGUGGGGAUGAUGAUGAUGUCAUAGAGAAGCCAAUGGGUCCGUCUGUGCCCCCUGCGGUGUCGUACUCUAAGCGCGGUCAGGCCCUGAGUGUGGAGAGUGACCACCGGGAGGAAUGGGACGGGGCUCGCAGGCUGGAGCUGGCAUCCUCUAAGGGGGAUGUCGCAGCCUCGCCGUCGGGGGUGCAGGAGAGGAAGAAAGUGACCAGCGCCGUGGGGACUAACGGAGGAAUGACUCGUAGGAACACAUACGUGUGUGAACGGACCUCCACGGACCGCCACUCUGCUAUCCCCAACGGCAAAGACAGCAGUCUAACCGAGGUGUCUGGUAGCUCCCUGUCUGCCUGCGGGUCUGCACUGAGCUCCACGCGGCCUUGUCACACCAAAUCCAUGUCAUCAUCAGGACACCCGUCCAAGAGCACGCUGCCCCCUAUUGACGACAACAGUGAACUCAAAGCAGGUUCCUCUGCGCGGGGGCCGCCCACCUCCCCGUCCGUCCAUAGCAUCAGCACCCCGGAGAAGAACCGCUUCCCGCGGGGAACCACGAGCCGCAGCACCUUCCACGGUGCCCAGCUUCGAGACCGCCGCAGCGCCACUUACAACGGCCCCCCUGCCUCCCCCACCCUCUCCCACGACACGGGGGCUCUGGCCCAGCAGCGCAGGGGCACCUCCACGGGCAUCAUCAGCAAGAUCACCUCCAAGUUUGUCCGCAGAGCUAUGUCUUUCAGGGCAUCCACGAGGCUUCCUAGUGAGGGAGAGACCAGCACCAGGACAGAAACACCCAGGAGUGCGUCUGGGGAGACCAAGGAUGACGGCUCCUCAAAGCCUCGCUCGCUGCGUUUCACUUGGAGCAUGAAGACCACUUCCUCCAUGGAGCCCGCCGAGAUGAUGAGGGAGAUCCGGAAAGUUCUCGACGCCAACAGCUGCGACUACGAGCAGCGGGAACGCUUCCUGCUCUUCUGCGUCCAUGGCGACGCUCGCCAGGACAACCUUGUCCAAUGGGAGAUGGAGGUGUGCAAGCUGCCUCGACUAUCCCUAAACGGAGUGCGCUUCAAGAGAAUAUCGGGCACGUCCAUCGCCUUCAAGAAUAUCGCCUGUAAAAUCGCCAACGAGCUCAAACUGUGACGGAGGGAUACAACAGUGGUCAGAGUUUCAGUCAUGACUAAGACCUCACACAGCACUUGGAGGAAGUCGCCUUUCAGAAUCAGGGUGGAAUUUAGGCUAGUGCUGGGCAAUGCUGGCCUUGAAUGUACAGGGCAGUGGGACAUAGAGAUACUGCUAUUUUCACCUUCAGCAGAGGGGAGCAAUGGCCCUUCUUGUCCAUACCACUCUCUGUCUUUCUCUCUUCCUCUCUCUGUCUU